AUGCUGUUGCUCCUCUUAUUCGCCGUUAUACCUUUCGUCGCCGCUGCCUCAAAUGGUGUUCUCUUCACCUCAUCCGUCACGUAUUGCGAGCCCCCAGAAACAUUACUCAUUCAACAAUUCGACCUCACUUACUUCGCUCAAAACCAAAGCAUCUUCUUCGACAUAGCGGCAGCUAGUGUGCAAAAGAAUCUGAAUGUCUCCGCAAACAUAGUGCUCAACGCGUAUGGCAUGACGCUCGUCAACAUUACCGUUGAUCUCUGCAGUAUACUGGGUGGCGCACUCUGUCCACUUCCUACAUAUCAAUUCAACGGAUCCGAAACUAUCUCACUUCCCGCUUCCCUCGGUGUCUCUAAACGCAUCCCGGAAAUCGCAUUCCGCAUUCCUGACUUUGAGGCCUAUGCGCAAUUGACCCUAACUGAGGCCACGACCAACGACGUCAAAGCUUGCGUUCAAGCUACCCUUUCCAAUGGAUGGUCGACCCGCCAACCAGCAGUCGAAUGGGCCAUCGGAAUCUUGAUCCUGUUAUUAUUAUUGGCAGGUCUCUGGCAAACCUUGCGUUCAAGUCUUCAUCCGCUCCUUGCACAUCGCCUUGUUGAUUUAUUCCAUCUCUUUCAAUUCAUUGCGACGACUGGCUUGUUCAGUCUCAACUACUCUCUUCUCUAUCGCGCGUUUACCCUCAAUUUUGCAUGGACACUGGGCCUCGUCUCAAGCUCCGCUAUCCAAGCUGCUAUCGACAGCAUGCGAAGUCGCACGGGUGGAACCAUGCCUAACUCCAGCUCUACAUCAGCUGUUGGAUUGGUUGACCGGAAACUAAGUCCCUGGAACACCAAUCUCGCGGUUCCAUCGGCAGCACAGUCCAUGCUGUUGGCAGAUACGGACUAUACUCCGACGGGCUAUACUCCAACCAACUUGUCACGUAUUGCCUUGACCCAAGUUCAAAGACUGGACUCUACAUCAGCUCAAGUUCAAACUGUCACUACCUCAUCUUCCAACGUUCUCCAAGCAGGCAUCCCUAUCUAUGUGAACUCCAUUCAUAUCGGCAGUGCCAACGCCUUUGACACUGUCUUCAUCGUUGCCCUCGUCAUCCUGGCUAUCACAAUCACCCUAUCUCUGAUUUUAUAUGGCCUACUGUUGUUGGCAGACCGACUGGACUGGGGUAGUGACACCCAACGUCGACGGUAUAGGAACAUGUUCCCCGGUUUCAUCAAGUCCUGGGUACUGCGUUUGGCCCUCAUCGCCUGGCCUCCAAUCCUUCUCUUUGCCAUAUACCAGUGGACUCUGAAGGACUCGUGGCUUUCUACUCUGUUUUCGGUCAUCACCUUCCUGGCAGUGUCUGCACUGAUAAUUUGGCCUACAUUCCAAAUGGUGCGACUCGUCCGUCAACAUUCAACGGGCAUCUUUGAUGUCCCCGACUCCGGCCACUACGAACCUUUAUACGGCCGAUUCCGUGCCCCGCGUUAUUUCUUCUACAUCGUCUUCCUGGCGGCCAUCUUUCUCCGCGCAGUUGUUGUCGCAGCUGGUCAGGGGCAUGGAUUAACGCAAAUCAUCUUGUGUCUGAUCAUCGAGCUCGCCAUUGUGCUUGCACACAUUUUUCUCAAGCCGUUCAAGACCCGCCGCGGGGACGUUUUCUCUGCUUACUUCAGCAUCGUUCGCCUCGUCUGCACUGGCCUCAUGAUUGCCUUUGUGGAAUCCUUAACCGUCGCUGCCAUCCCUCGAGUGGCCAUUGGCGCGGUCAUAGCGGUCAUCCUUUCCAUUGCAGUCAUAGUGUUAGUCUGCAACAUCGUCUUUUCUUUGGUGAGGUGGCCGUGGCAACGUAGAGCCCGUCAAGCGACCCUCACUGAGACAUCGACGCUGGAGAAGGGCCAGAGUCCCCCUAGAUCAAUUCAUGACCGACCUUCAUCGCCUUCUUCAGCAUCUACACCCACUGCACGACUCUCAUCAUCUACAGCAAACCUUACGCACCAGUGA